AUGCAAAGGAGUUCUACACUUUCCAUCGCUCCUUCGAUAGACAUUGAUUACGAAGAGACGCCUGAGAAAGAACAUUGGUGGUGGGACACACAGCGCCCGAAUGACGGUGGUACUGUAAAUGAUGCCAAAAUGCGAAAAUGGUACAAGACGGUUGUUUCGAGUCUUCUUGCGGAUUCGGAUAGUCUUAUUGCGGAUUUCGAGUCUUCUUUUGGAUUCAGCCAGGAGGCGGAGAGAGGUGGGACCAAAAGCGAAGAGCAAGCAGAAGUAGACGCCUCCUGUGGUGAGAACAAGAUGGAGGAGAUUAUUGCUUCGACGAGUGCUGGUUUUGCACUCACUACAACAAACUUGAACGCCAUUGUUGGUCGCGUCGAUGGCAUUCGGAUUGAUGAACAAGUGAGGCCUUUUUGGAAGUCCAUUCUCCGAAUUUCGCAUACUACAGCGAAAGUACUGAGCUCUGGCAUUAGUAAGUCCGUGGAUUUCCGCUUUCUCAUCUCCGAAGCAAAAAAUGUAGCUCGUUUUUCAGCGGCUAUAUCAGCGUCGCAGCUGGGAAAAGUACUUUCGCGCUAUCUUACCCGGACAAACGGUAGCUUCUCAUCAUCGAGAAGUACAAACAAAAAGUGCGUCCUAGACGCAGAAUCAAGGACACAGAAAAUACUAAAGCCGCCUGAAGACCUGCUAGAAAACGGUCUAGUAAACGUGACACUCUCAGUCUCAAUCCAAUAUCAAGAAUCUCUCGUCACGAAGAGGACUGUAACACUAUCGCCUUCUCAACUCAAGCGGCUCUUUGGACAUCUUAAUCAAAGUGACACAACCAUAUUGAAACUUGAGAUGUGUCGUCAUUCAAGAAAGUCGGAGAAGUCAUCCACUAGUACGACGAUGUCACAAGAUACAAGUGGCUGGAGGAAGUGCGAGCCUGAAGAUUCACAAGUCGCUGGGACGAACGGGAGCGAAAAUGGGCAAACACGAGCACAGAAAUCCCUUUUUUUUCUACCUCGACGCUUCUGGCAAUUUGGCCCUGUGCGUACGGUUUUUGCUAGACCUUUUGUCACGGUUAUUGGAGGUUCUACUGAAGCUAAAUAUUUGCAGCAAGCCGUGUAUCUCGCGAACACGCACUACGCUUCGGCAGAUACGAGAGCGCCAGUGCUGACGGAUAAGAUGCAUCUGCAGACGAGUUAUCACGGUGAUACGAACCUAGUGCUUCUAGGGACGCCGAUGGAGAAUAAAGUCACAGCCGCUAUCUGGCAAGAGCAUCCGUAUCUUCGCAAAGUGAUUGAUUUUGGCGAGAGCUCGUUCGCCAUUUUCCCGUCUAUUGUCAACGAAGCAGGAGCAGAUCAUGAAGAAGCCGAGGGAUUCCGUUUUUCAUCGACAAGAGAAUCCCCAACGACCCCACCAAGAAGAAGCACCAGCCACAGCCUGCACGUCGCUGAAUUCCAGCGAGAAAGCAUUGGGCUCCUUGCUUGGGUUCCACUAGGCAGCCGAGGCCGUAAAGCACUAGUCAUUGCCGGAACAGACGAACAUGCAGUGCACACGGUAGCGCAUUAUCUAGGCCAACCGACGAUACCACCAAUGAUGCGCGCUCCGUUUACGAAUCAAGUACCAGAUUACAUAGUCUUAGAUGCUCAUGAAACGAAGAGAAAGGGCGUUGGCGGUUUCCUAAUGGCAGGUUUCUGGGGAACGGUGGAGCCAGGAUUUGUGGCGCCGCAUUGAGGGGAUCCGAACGUUUUUGAGCGGGAGUUGUACAUCCAAACAUUUAGGUUCGCACACCACACUUAACGAUUACAAACAUUACGAUAGCGAUUAUAAAAUAACAAUAAAUGAACACAAGAAAAGAUACAAAGAGAUAGAAAAAGAUACAAAGAAAGAGAUGAUAGAGACUACAUCUUCUAGAGUAACAAACCUGAGCUUUCUUUUUUUACGCGAGUCUUUCAAUGAACCAACGACCAGCACAAUUCAUCGGCUGCUGCGACGAGGACAGAAAUUUCGUUUUCGCCUCGCAAGUUGACAGCAUGAUGCUGGCGCCAAUGCAU